GCUCGGAUCCUGCGCUUCAAACGUCAGCAAUCCACAAUUACGGCCUCUGAGUCUAAGGAGGAAGACGAAUGGUUGCGUGAUCUCAAACCAGUGGCUUCGAAAAGCCGUCGAACAGACCAAGUAUCUUGUCAUGUUCAAGUUCGCCCACCAACAAUCGAGCAACAGCGCAAGUGAUAGUACAAACAGCGUUGACAUCAAUAACAUCCUUCAUCUGAGGACUGGUAGGAUCACCUUGGCAGGGCUCAUCUUGGUCGUUCUUUUUGUGCUGCUUCUUGGGGCGUUGACGACAAUAUUGGCUCUGAAUGACGUAAGUGGGACAUCGUCUGCAUUGCCUAAUGACGAUUCACAUAGGGCCGGCACCGUGAAACAACCUCUUGGGGGGGACAAAGCUGGGCCAAAUGAAACAGUUUGGCGCGAGAUGAAUGACGAGAGGACGGAAGAGGGGUUUGACAGUGAUUACAUCCCCGACCCAGAAAAGAGAAUCAAAGGUACGCCACCUGUACAGCCCACGGAUGGACUGAGAGGGAAACCAAAUAUGAGUUCGGACGAAGACUCUGAACGAAAGAUUGAUGUCAAACCUGAGAAUAAAAAUACGGACAAGCAUAUCCCGAGAAAGAAGGUUCACAAAAAGGUGGGACAUGACUCUGGAGCUAGUACCAGUACCAUGUCAGGGACGCUUACCAUGAAUGUGUCUGGGUACACACCUUUGAUUACUUCAAAACAGACGGACAUAGCAACUCAUUACGUCACCAAAAAGAGAACGAAGAGGACAACUAAAGCGUCAGCACGAGGGUCAUCUGUUGUAACACACGAGACGCAAGCGACAAGGAAACCGACAUCAGUUGCGGUAGAACCGAGUGACACGUCGAUAUCUAGAAGUGUGAAGACGAUGGCAGGAGCAACAAAUGAAGAGAAGGCCAGGAUAACAACUGGAGCAAAUGCGCUAAGCAAUGGAACAGCUGAAAGCAGGAGGGAGCCAACAGGAUCUGGAUUAAGUUCAAAAAGGACUACAGGAGACCCUACGCAGAGCACGGUAGAGAACUCCGUGCAAAGCACUCAGAAGAAAGCUUUUAGGGUAUCUGCGAGUGAAGCACCCACGAGGCCGAAUACGGUAACGGUUGCAAGAGGAAGCAAGCAAGCAACAUGGAGCGAAGCCAAUACUGAAGCAAAGACGUUGUCAAAGUCCACGGAAGAAGCAGUAAUGGAAAUCACGGAUGCGACGACCUCUGAUCAUGCUAAGGCUAACGGGAGAUUAAAGCCAACGCAGAAACAUGACGAAUACGGCAACGAAACGGUAUGUAGUACUCCUGACUGCCUUUACAUACGAUGGCUGAUUAACAGCUCUGUGGACGUAUCGCAAGAUCCUUGCAAGAACUUUCACAUGUAUGUGUGCAGCGGGUUCAAUGACAAACUCUCAAAGACUUUUGACCUGGUGAAUGGAAGUGUGUCCAACAUGAUAACUUACAAUUUAUCAUCCGAUAUCUACCGACAAUUGGUUGCGGAGGUCCCUCGUGUUAAAGGACAAUCUGCUUUUGAGAAAGCAGCUUCACUGUUGAAGCACUGCUUGUCUUCUACUUUGUCGGAUAACACGAGGGCUAUUCGGGACUUCCUCCAGCACAAUGGAAUGACGCUUGUAGAUAGCUUGGAAUUUGAUCCGCUGGAGAAGCUCGUCGAAUUUUCAGUGCACAUCGAUAUCCCGGUGUUAUUCCAAUUAACUGCAGACUUCGCACCCGACACGAAAGAGUUCACGUUCUUUCUAAUGCCAUGCCCGCAGAUGAUGACGUUGAAAAUAAAUAGUUUACUUAGUAGAAUCACUCGAAUGAAAUUCGUUGAAGACAUUUUGGCAUUAACAUUUGCCGGACAUCCUAUCAAUGAAUCCAUAGUUGCUGCCGUCAUAGAAGCGGAGGACAAAAUAAUAGAAAUAACCAGCAAGGAGUAUCCCCGACAUAGCUACGUGAUACCUAUGUCCGACUUGGGGUUUGUAGACGGCGACAAAGACUUGUCGGUGAGGUGGCACAGUGCGCUUCUGCUCCACACGAAGGGUCGCCUUCCCGGCCAACGAACGCUCCAAGUUACAGCUGCCGAUUUAUAUAUUUUUUGUGAUAUAUUUUUGCGUUCGAAAGUAAUAGGCCUGCGAAAUACGCGGAUAUUCAUUGCAUGGGGGACUGCGUUGUACCUGAACAUCAUAUCUGGACAUCUGGAGAAGAAGGCGGCCCUAAAAUAUACAUGCUUCAGCACUGUCCUCAAAGUGUUUCCUAUCGCCGCAGCGUAUCCAGUUCUGUUUAAACACAUCAGCAAUUCUAGGAUCGCCAUGGUGAAGAAAAUGACUGAAUCCAUAACGCAGGCACUCGAAGAAUCCUUCAUGAUGUCCACAUGGCUUGAUGAUCAAACUCAGAUGGCGGCACGCAAGAAAUUAUCGAUGCUCAGAAAAUACAUAGGGUACUUAUUCAACCUUACAUCGCUAACAGCCGUCGACAUUCUCUUGAAAGACGUCCCAGACCUGACGGGUCCCUAUACCGGUGACCUGAUCAAGGUCAAAGUGGCCCACACGAAAUUACUGUGGGAAAAUGUGUUUGAAGGAUCCGUGGAGUACGCCACCCAGGGUACUCUCAAUGGCAUGACGCCGGUUUAUUCCGCUAACGCCUGGUAUUUCGCACAAACGAACACGAUUGUCAUCCCUGCGACCAUCAUGUUCAGUCCGAUGUUCUCACAUGGAGCACCACCGGAAGUCAAUUACGGUGCCCUGGGACGCAUCAUAACUCACGAAAUGAUGCACGGCUACGACGAGUUUGGCAGAAAUUUUGACGGGUCGGGUCGGCGUUCCACGUGGUUCACAAACGGCAGUGCGAGAGCUUACGAAAAACUAGUGGGGUGCCACAACAUCAGCGUCAAAAAGGCUACGAAGACUACGCGCUUUGAGGCCUUCUUCAACGAAUACCUCGCAGAUACGAUGGGCGAGCGUUCGCUGCUAAAGGCUUACAGGAUGGCUUCUCGACGGUCGUCGGUGACUAUUGGCCGCGUCAAGGAUCUAACGAAGGAUCAGCUCUUCUACGUCUCCUGGUGCUUGCUCUGGUGCGGAAAAAAUUUUCCCAGCGAGUCGCAUCCGCCGCCGGAGGACAGGUGCAACUUUCCCCUAAUGAAUUCCGUGCACUUCAGUGAGACGUUCUCGUGUCCCGCUUAUUCUCCAAUGAACCCAAAAAAGUGCCCCUUCUGGUAGAGAAUGAUGUAAAAGCAGUCUCGCACAUUAUAUUCCUAGAUGUUAUGAUACUGAAUAGACAAGACUUUGCUCGUUCGAAUAAAAUGUAUCUCCUGAAAGUACAAAAAUACUGAUAGUGUAGAACGCUACAAACGAACAAACAAAUGAAAAACAGACUACGGUACUAGGUCAUUUGUCUUGUGUUUACAGUUGUUAGCUGACAGUGAUUUGACUUUAGAUCGAAUAAAACGUGCUGAAAGGA